AUGCUGGUGGAGAUAAAGGGUAAGAGUGCCUGGUCAUUCCUGGGCGGGCUCCUGGCCCAAGUGCAGAACCCUGCCACCGUGGUGGGCAAGGUGCAGCUCACUGUCCCCCUGGUUUUCCGCAUUCUGCUGGUCACCCUGAUCGCAAGGGAACAAAGAGUAGCUGUGGAGAGGGAGUACCUGCUGGGCAGAUUGCAAAAGCUGGCAUCUCGGGGAGCCCUGCAGAGACCUAGCCUGAGGUGCCUGGGGUCUUCUCAGUUCUUAAAGGGACAGCUUCUGGUGGGAGAGAGAAUUCUCCCCAAAGGCCUGGGGGCUGUAGACAGGAAGCCCAGCCUACGGUCGCACAGGGGCUUGGCCAUCUACAUUGCCCACGUGGUGCUACGGGCCUUUAUGGAGCUGGCCUUCCUGGUGGGGCAAUACUAUCUGUUUGGGUUUGAUGUUCCAUACUUGUUUCACCACCACUCCUACCCCUGUCCCACUAGUACCAACUGCUUCGUGUCCAGGGCCACAGAGAAAAUGAUCUUCCUGGACUUCAUGUUCGGGGUGGGGGUGAGCUGCUUCCUCCUAAAGACCUAG